AUUUAAAAUUUCCUUUUUACUUAAAAUAUAAGAAUAAAAUUCAAAAAAAGAUUAAUCUGAGUUUUUAAGUUUCCUAAAAAUGCCUUGCCAAAACAGUCGAAACUCUUCGCCGACUUCGGAGUUUAGGGUACCCCCUUCUUAUCCCUCAGAAUAUAAGGGAACAACGCGGUGGCAGAAACCGGGACCUAUGAGCCGUAAUGAGUGGGCAAUUUUCCACAGUCGGUAUCAGGAAAAUGCGGCAUCUGCCGCUAAGGCAGAAGCAUCCGAAGACAGGCUGAGUAACCGCAUGUCAGGCGGUAGUGUGGCCUCGCAGAGCACAGUAGCUCGCGAGGAGCACAUUUGGAGACUGAGCAGGCCGCGCUGGGAACGCUCCAAGUACAUUCCGCCACCAAAGGAGGUAUUUACCUAUCGGCCAAAGACCAAUGGACGACCAUAUCCUUGUCCGGAACGAGGUCGACCCACGAAGAAGCCAAAGGUUCCGUGCUGCUUCCAGCACGAGGAUAUCGAGGCAGAGUUUUGGGCCAAUUUACGUUUUCCCGUCUCUCGGAAGGCCCUUGAAGCCCUUCCCAGCAAAAAGACUUGCAAGCUAUCCCGGCCCCGUGAAAUUUGCUGGGAACCGCCUCGGUUCGAAGGGGAAAUUUACUGUCGCAGGAAAAUGUCACCUAGACAGUGGCGAUGUCAUCUGGAACGACUUCAGUAUUUGAGCCUGCCAAAUUUCCGGGUUCUAGCCGAAAUGGGACCGUGUUGAACCUUAGUCAGUUCCUAAGGAUUUACCAUAGACUACAGUUGUAUUGACUCAAGCUUUUGAGCUAAGCAUUAAGUUGGUACAACUGUAGUUUAUUGUAAAUCUUUUUAGGUACACUCAAAACUUUACAUUAGGCAAUAAAAACAAAUAGAAAAUCA